GGUGUACGAAAACUGGUAAAAAGUUACAUAUAUUCCCGGGCGGUCGGAAAGAAGUAAAGAAAUUUGAUGGUCACACGAACCACGUUUUAGCUUUAGCAGUUAGUUCUGACGAAAAUUAUAUGGUUAGUGGUGGUUCUGACAAAAAGAUCAAUAUAUGGUCUGCAAAAGAUGAUAAAUUGUUAAAAUGUUUUACGCAACACAAAGAUUCAGUAUCGGGCCUUGUAUUUCGUAAAGGGAAUAAUCAAUUAUAUAGUGCUUCUCAAGAUCGUACAAUUAAAGUGUGGAAUAUCGAUGAAUUAUGUUAUAUAGAAACACUAUUUGGACAUCAAGAUCAAAUCUUAUCAAUUGAUUCUCUUUCGCGUGAACGUUGUGUGACUGUUGGCUCUCGAGAUCGCACAUGUAGGUUAUGGAAAAUUGUAGAAGGAUCGCAAUUAGUAUUUCGUGGUAGCACCAAAAUUGCAACAGAAGAUGGUCAAACAUUUAAGGAAGGAAGUUUGGAUGUUAUUACCAUGAUUGAUGAGGAUAAUUUCCUUAGUGGUGGUGAUAGCGGUGCCAUUUCAUUAUGGAACAUUAAUAAAAAAAAACCAGUGUUCGUAUAUAAUAUUGCACAUGGUUUACAAACUUAUGACUCUGAAAGUGAAGGCUCCAUUAAAACUCCAUAUUGGAUAACUGCAUUAGCUACCGUGAGAUAUUCUGACUUUUUCGCUUCUGGAUCAUGGGAUGGAAACAUUCGCCUUUGGAAAUUGAUUGAUAACAUUCAUUCUUUCGUUCCGCUGGCGGAAAUUCCGUUGGUCGGAUUUGUGAACGCUUUACAAUUUGUAACCAUAGAGAAUGAAACUUUUCUUCUAGCAGGUGUUGGUCAAGAACAUAAACUGGGUAGAUGGAAAAGGAUUAAAAAUGCCAGAAAUGGAUGGAGAUUAAUAGAGCUACCUCUCAAAUCUUAA